AUGUCAUCGCGAUUUCCCGAGCGAGCAAGCUCGAAGCGCAGCCGUUCUCGCUCCCCGUCGCGUCAUCCUCAGAAGCACCCACGCCGAUAUGACGACCGAGACCAGCAAUACGACUCCAGCAGGGCCUGGAGAGGCGAAGAAGGUCGUCCGUCGCAGUCGCGACCGCGGAAUAUGAAGGACCAGGUGCGGCUCAAUCAGCUUCAGGAAGAUGAGCAGGUCCGAGAAUGGGUGGCGCAGGAGGACAUCUUCGUUCUCAAGCAGGCCAAAAAGAAGGCAGAGAUCCGGGUGAAGGAAGGCAGAGCCAAGCCGAUCGAUUGGCUCACUGUUACUCUACGGGUGAUCGAUCCUACGAGGAACCCUCUAGAUGAUGAAAUCGCCGAUUCGGAGCUCGAUCUGGUGGACCCCGAUGGUGUCUUUGAAGGACUGUCGGCGGCACAGUUGCUGGAUCUAGAGAAGGAUAUUGAUACCUUCUUGGGUCUGGAGAAGAACUCGCAGAACCGGGAGUUUUGGAAGACGAUGAAGGUCAUCUGUCGAGAUCGCCAAAAGAUCACCGGGCCUGAAGGUCGUGCGCUCAGCUCCGUGGCUUCCGACAUCAACCGAUUGCUGAGUCCCAAGUCCUACGAACAACUUCAGACACUCGAGGUGCAAGUUAGGAGAAAGUUGGAUUCGAACGAACCCAUCGACACAGACUACUGGGAAGAACUUCUGCGCAGUCUCACUGUUUGGAAAGCUCGCGCCAAGCUGAAGAAAGUGUUUCAAGAUGUCAUAGAUGAGAGAGUUAAGGGGCUGCGCACACAACAGUGCGAGGAGGCCGAAUCUGUGCGAGCGAAGCUCGCUCCGCUGGCUCCCUUUAUCCGGGCCCCCUCGGGGAGUGACGCUCAACCCGAUCAUCACGACUUUGAAGGUCUCGAUCCGGACCCAUUGCUUCAGGUUCGUCCAGAGGACAAGAUACUGGAGAUUGUCGAUGAAAGUGCUUUUCUUGGUCAAGUGGCCCGGGAACGACAAAAAAUCUUGAAGAUGGGAUUUGUGCCGCUGCGCCAGCGACAUGCGGAGAAGCCUUCGGCUACUCCCCUGAACCAAGCAACAAACAUGCCAGUUCCUAGCGCCCUAACUAGGUUCUCGGCCAUCCCCAACGAUGACUUUUCUCAAGCGACCAAGGCCCUCUAUGAACGCGAAUUGGCGAAGGGAGUGAGUGAAAACGAAGAGAUCUUCACUGGCGAGGAAGCUGUAAGCUCCGGCGCCCAACCUUUGUGGGCAGGCAAGUAUCGACCCCGCAAGCCGCGGUACUUCAACCGUGUUCAAAUGGGCUACGAGUGGAACAAGUACAACCAAACCCACUAUGACCACGACAACCCACCCCCGAAAGUCGUCCAGGGCUACAAGUUCAAUAUAUUCUACCCAGAUCUGAUUGACAAGACCAAAGCUCCGACCUACCGUAUCGAGCGGGAAAAUGGCCGUAAGCGCGGUCAGUCCUUUGCGGAAGCAGGGGAAGAAGAUACUUGUCUCAUUCGUUUUAUGGCCGGCCCACCGUAUGAAGAUAUCGCCUUUCGCAUUGUGGAUAAGGAGUGGGAUUACAGUGCCAAGCGAGAACGCGGUUUCAAGAGUACUUUCGACAAAGGAAUUCUGCAACUACAUUUUCAAUUCAAGCGGAUCUACUACCGGAAGUAA